AUGAUAGCAUCAGAAGUAGGUUCAACAAAUAAUGAACCUGUGCAGAUCAAGAUUAAUAGCGAAAAAGAUCCACUCAUUCAUGGAAGAAGUGUUCUUUAUAGAUUAAGUAAUUUCUUUAGGUUUGGAAGGGUACAGAAUAUAGAAGGGGAUGGAUAUGUUGAAUUUGGUAGCUUAGGUGCAGACAAUGGUCGUACUUUAGGAACAUUUGCUGGAGUAUUUAGUCCUGUUGCUUUAUCCAUGUUCAGUGCCUUAGUUUUUAUAAGAAUGGGGUACAUUGUAGGUAAUGCUGGAUUACUUGUAACUUUGACACAGUUCAUAAUUGCAUAUGGAAUUUUAGUAUUUACUGUAGCAUCUGUAUGUGCAAUUUCAACAAAUGGAGCAGUUGAAGGAGGUGGGGCAUACUUUAUGAUCAGCCGUACACUUGGACCAGAAUUUGGUGGUUCCAUUGGGACAUUAUUUUUUAUGGCUAAUAUUGUAUCAAGUGCACUUUGUAUAUCUGGUUGUGCUGAAGGAUUGAUAGAAAAUUUUGGGCCAUCUGGUUAUCUGGCUGGAAAAAGUGCUCUGAUACCAGAUGGUAGAUGGUGGAGGUUUUUAUAUUGUUCUGUACUGAAUACUGCCAAUUUACUAGUAUGUCUGAUAGGAGCAGCAAUGUUUGCGAAAACUAGUGUUGCAAUUUUGGCUGUUGUUUGUGUUUGUUUGACAAGUGUUUUUAUAAGCUUUUUAGCACAAGGAUAUAUGGAGAUACCAAUUCCAGAUGCAAAUAUAUUGGUCCAAAAUGCAACUUAUCACGUUAAUGGCACUUAUACAGGACUAUUAUCAUCUACCCUUAUUAGUAAUCUUUAUUCAAAUUAUAGUCCUGAUUAUUCAAGUGGAGGAGUAAUGACUGAUUUUGCAAGUGUUUUUGGUGUACUGUUUAGCGGUGUUACCGGUAUAAUGGCUGGAGCUAACAUGAGUGGUGAAUUAAAAAAUCCCGGAAGAAACAUUCCACGUGGCACUUUGUCGGCAGUAUUAUUUACAUUUAUCUGUUACAUCUUAUUAUCUAUUUUCACUGCUGCAACUACAAGUCGAUUUUUAUUGCAAAACAACUUUAUGUACAUGAUGCCAAUUAAUAUUUGGCCACCAUUUGUAGCAGUUGGUAUAUUAACAGCAACAUUUAGUGCAGGUUUAAGUAACUUAAUAGGCUCAAGUAGAGUCUUAGAAGCACUGGCAAAGGAUAAUGUGUUUGGAUCUGGAUUGAAUUUUAUUACACAAGGAACAUGGAAAGGAAAUCCAAUUGCUGCAGUUUUUACAUCAUGGACCUUAGUUCAAAUAAUUUUACUUGUAGGUUCUUUGAAUACUAUUGCUCAGAUUAAUUCGGUAUUAUUUUUAUUAAGUUACUUGGCUACCAAUUUGGCUUGUCUUGGACUUGAACUUGCAAGUGCUCCAAACUUCAGACCAACAUUUAAUUAUUUUACAUGGUAUACAGCAACGAUCGGACUUCUUGGUACAUUGAUAAUGAUGUUUGUCAUAAAUAGUAUCUACGCUUCCAGUAGUGUAAUAUUGUGCUUAAUAUUAAUCAUUGUGCUGCAUUUAUUUUCUCCAAGCAAAAAUGCCCCCUGGGGAAGCAUAUCACAAGCACUUAUAUUCCACCAAGUUAGAAAGUAUUUAUUAAUGUUAGAUUCUCGUAAAGAUCAUGUGAAAUUUUGGCGACCGCAAAUGCUUCUAAUGGUAGCUUCUCCGCGAUCAGCGUGUCCACUUAUUGAUUUUGUAAAUGAUUUGAAAAAAGGAGGACUAUACGUAAUUGGACAUGUAAAAGUCGGAGAAUUUUUAGGUCAAAAUAUUGAUCCCACUAUAGAAGAAUACCCGCAUUGGUUGAGUUUAGUUGAUCAUAUGAAAGUUAAAGCAUUUGUCGAACUAACAAUUACAAAAACCGUACGCGAAGGAUUACAUCAUUUAAUUAGAAUAUCUGGAAUGGGAGCGAUGAAACCAAAUACAAUUGUUCUUGGUUUUUACGACGAAGAAGCUCCGGUAGACUUCUUUAAAAAUUCUCCAUAUGCGACAGACUUAUUUGAAAAUGUCUCAGCAUUACCAAAUAGCAAUGUAUUUCCGUUGAGACAAACAAAUGCAGAAAAAUUUUUAGAUCCUAUACAAUAUGUGGGGAUGUGUUCAGACGUUUUGAAAAUGAAGAAAAAUUUAUGCUUAUGCAGAAAUUUCCAUAUGUUAAAUAAAUCGCAAAUAACAAAGAAUUCUUCCUUGAAAUAUAUUGACGUAUGGCCUGUGAACUUUUUCCAACCAACAGAUCAAGAUCCAUUCGAUACAACAUCAUUGUUUAUGCUUCAACUUGCAUGUAUCAUUAAUAUGGUACCCGUUUGGAAAAAUUUGCAUCUUAGAGUAUUUCAUUGUGAAAUUUCAGAUAGCAAUGCAAGUUUGAGUAUUUCAGACUCGCAAAAUUCGAUUAGCGAACAUCCAAAAAUAUCUAACGAGCAUCGCAUUAAAAAGUUGUUAAAUAUGUUGAGAAUAUCUGCAUCUAUCAAGAAAAUUCCUGAUUGGGGAACACAAGUACGUGGGUUACAAGGUAGAUCACUUAUGGAAUCAAGUGUGGAAAAUCAAUAUGAAUCAAGCACUGAAAGCAAUGAAAACGUAUUAAGCAACAUAUCACGUACUUAUAUUUUAAGUGUAAAUCAAUUAAUUCGGCAACAUUCUUCUCAAACUGCGACAACGUUUAUUUAUUUACCUGCUCCACCAGCAUCAAAUAGCUGGGAUGAAAAUACAAUGUAUCGGCAAUACCUUCAAUUGUUGACAGAAUUAACGGCAGAUUUACCACCUAUAGUAUUAGUACACGGUGUUAGUGCUGUUACAUCAACAACAUUAUAACGAUAUGUAUAUGUAUAUACAUACAUAUAAUUUUACAAAAGAAAGUAUUAUUUAGUGAUUAAUUUAUGUGGCUGUAAGUUAUUAUUAUGUGAUUUAUGCUUUUAAUUGUUAAAUGCAUUGACAUCUAAAUCAAAAAAAUAUUAGGAAUAUUUGAUUUUACAGUUCUUUUUUAUUACCAAGCUUGACUUAAUAAUUCAACAAUAAUAAUGCUUUCUUAUUGUAAUAAGACAAUUUUAAUCUUAUAUCAAAUAUAUAGUUUAUUACUGUGAUAACGAACUUAUCCUAUAAGAGAUUCCCAGAAGUACAUAUUUUUUAAAUACAUAAUAUAUAUUUACUGAAGCACAUGUAAACUGUAUCCUAACACACUCAUACAUGAAACUAUUUCUAUACCAGUUUUUUGUAUCACAUUUAAUAGCAAAAUAAAGUUGUUAGAUGUAGUAAAAGCGAA